AUGGAGGAUCAGUUGCAAUAUUUAGAUCAGCUUGGUCAAUUUAAUGUCCCAGGUUCACGCUGUCAUUCCUGCUCAAAGGUUUUCCUCGUUGAUAGCGAUCUCAGAAAUCAUUUGGCAACUUCCGACGAAUGCUCAAAGGAAAUUCCUCUAAGUGAAAUUGAUUACCUCAGGGCUGCCAGCAACGACAUCGCAUCGUCCAACAAUCUCAUUAAUUGGUACGGUGAAGAUUUAAAGCGCUACCCCGAAGACAAGAAGCCAGUAAAUACCUUUAGUGUACAUACUUCACCUUCCCAUCACUUGCUCAAUGAAGUCACUGACUUGAAUGGUUCAGAAGAGGACGCAGCGUAUGACGAGGAUGGCGCCGGUGACGAUAGCAUGUCUGCACUUCCACCAGCUAUGAGACCUACAGCUGCUCCUAUGUUCCAGGACCAGACCUUGGGUUUCAGAAAAAUUGAAUCACCAGACAGCCAUAUGAAGGGAGAAUCUUUGAUGGCCAGAAGGGCAAAUUAUCCUGCAUACGACGAAACAAAGUACAACACAGCAGAGGAGGCCAUGGCCCAUGCCCUCUCACAGGUCCCUGACCAAUCCGAUCCUCGCCCAUUCAAGUGUCCAAACCCAGAAUGCUCAAAGACAUGGAAGAACAGAAACGGUUUGAAGUAUCACAUUAAUCACGGUAACUGUAAUGGGGUUCUCAAAACUCUCAGUCGUGAUGAAGCUGCUGUCUCAGAAAGACCAUACGCAUGCCCUGUUCCAGGAUGCAACAAGCGCUGGAAAAAUGCCAAUGGUUUCAGAUACCACAUGGAUCACUCAGGUGCCCAUGGUAGAUCUGCAAGAAGAUUACACGAAGCAUCUGGCGGUUUCGCUGGUAAAUCAAAUCUGCAAUCAAUCACAUCUCCACAAACAACGACAAAAACACCAAAGGGUACACGUCGCUCAUCUAGACGCUCUUCAAGACGUAUACAGUAUGACGAAGAUGAAGAAGAUGGUGAUGCUGAAUUAGAAGAAGAAGACGAUUAUGGUGAUGAAGAAGACGAUGAUGAUGAUGAUGAUGAUGUUGAAGAGGAAGAUGACGCAUAUGGCGAUGUCGACGAUGCAGCUGCAUUACACCCAACAGGCGGAUCAACAUCAGCCUUACCAGCUGCUGCGACCGAUCAAUUACAGUUCUCGGUACAAGGAAGUCAAUUUCCAACUGGUCCGAAUGGCAAGUCAUUUGAAAUCAACGAUGGUAGAUCAUUUGAGGUAAACCCGGUAAAUUCCGUAGACCCAAUUGAUCCAAUAAAUCCAGUAGACUCUGCUCAACCGCCCGUUAUCGGUCAGACCGAGCCACUUGAAUUCACAAAAAUCGAGCAUAAUGACAGCAUAACAGAUCCACCACAAGAGCAGAUAAAUUAA